UGGGCAUCGUCUGAGCCUCGGGUCUUCGCAUGCGCUGGAGCUUCGCUUUGCAUCUUGACGACGGGAGUGUUCUUCGUGGACUCGUGUACGCUUGAUCUAUUCUGCUAUAUCUCACCUUAAUCUUGCAUUCUCUUAUCAUUCAUCAUGCCUGUCGUUGCUGGCCCCCCUCAGGCCCACGGCCCUAACACCUUCGAGAAGAUGAAGAUGGGUGCUCUGAUGGGUUCCACUGUUGGUGGUAUCAUGGGCUUCAUCAUCGGCACCGUCACUAUCUUCCAAUAUGGAGCGGGUCCUAACGGCGUCUUCCGCACCCUGGGUAAAUAUAUGCUUGGUUCCGGUGCCACUUUCGGCCUCUUUAUGUCCAUCGGCAGCGUCAUCCGUACUGAGGGCCCAUACAACGACGCCUGGCUCCGCGCUCGAGGCCCCCCGAUGAUGCUCCCCCGCCAGAGCCCCCUCCGUCCCAUGCGCGAUUAAGCGCAUUACGCAUUUAAAAUGGUUGACUGGGAGGUGGUGAGAGUGGCGAGAUAGGACGAGCAAAUUGUACAAUAGCUAUUUUGAAUGAUGGUUCUGCCGGUCACGGUCGUUGAUCGCAAAUUCAGCGCUUGAGAACUCGACUCGGUGCCGAGCCAGAGCAGCCAGGCCCUGGACAACUAUACUGUGUACAUAGGUGAUACCGAGACGUCUUAGAGCCGUCUCUAGUCCAGGCCUGCACUGCGAUGCAUCUUGGCGUUAUAACAAGGUUGGGUUAAUUAAUGGACGGGCAUGAAUGAUGACAGACAUGUCUUGUAUGGUCACCAGAACUACACCAUGAUGAUUGACUGUAUAACUUCUCUAGGAAGAAGACAUCUAUUACUACACCCUCA